AUGGGAAUGCUGGUCCAGGACCAAUCAAUGCUGGUCCAGGUGCUGCAACUGCAGCGUCCUUCGGCCAUGCAUCUAAACCUUCCACUACACCACAAACAGUGCAAUGCAUUAUCCAGGUGCUGCAACUGCAUCGUCCUUUGGCCAUGCAACUCAAUCUUCCACUACACCACAAACAGUGCAAUGCAUUAUCCAGGUGCUGCAACUGCAUCGUCCUUCGGCCAUGCAACUCAAUCUUCCACUACACCACAAACAGUGCAAUGCAUUAUCCAGGUGCUGCAACUGCAUCGUCCUUUGGCCAUGCAACUCAAUCUUCCACUACACCACAAACAGUGCAAUGCAUUAUCCAGGUGCUGCAACUGCAUCGUCCUUCGGCCAUGCAACUCAAUCUUCCACUACACCACAAACAGUGCAAUGCAUUAUCCAGGUGCUGCAACUGUAUUGUCCUUUGGCCAUGCAACUCAAUCUUCCACUACACCACAAACAGUGCAAUGCAUUAUCCAGGUGCUGCAACUGCAGCGUCCUUCGGCCAUGCAACUCAACCUUCCACUACACCACAAACAGUGCAAUGCAUUAUCCAGGUGCUGCAACUGCAGUGUCCUUCGGCCAUGCAACUCAAGCUUCCACUACACCACAAACAGUGCAAUGCGCUGUCCAUGCACCACAACUGUGCCAUCUUUCAGGCCACCCGACAAACUCCCACUACACUGCGAACAGCACACGUGCUGUCCAAGCACCGCAUCUGAGCCGUCUUUCGGGCCGUGUAAACAAACCUCCUACUGCACUGCAAACAGUGCAAAUAGGCUGUUCAAGCGCUGUAACCGUGGUGUCUUUAGGGCCAUAUGA